CCAAUGGAAACGCGGCACACACUACACUACGGAUUACCCAGCCUUCGGUUCAGAGGUUCCGACCGGCUGUAAGCGGGGCAACCGGGCGGCCCCCUGUCUCUGGCUCACGGCAGGGCCAUGAGUGCCCCGCAUCCGCUAUCAAGACCCCCCUGUGACCCACCGACGUCGGAGUCAGUUUUCAGGGCCGCCAUCUCGAUUUUUGAAGAUUAGUUAUGGGUUCACCGCUUUCCUUCGUUUUCAGGCUCGGCGGGCAUUGCAGCAAGUGGGUUGUCAGCGGCUAGAAACGGGUCGUCGGCGCGAGGUGACCACAAGCGCUUUGCUCUUCCUUUCCGUUCCCUUCCCUUAACGCUCGCUAUCCCGCUUGUUUUACUCUGUUUCUGUUCUAUACUUGUGUGCGAUAUCCCAGAGGACGAGGAUAGUCAUCACCAACAUGUCUGCCUCCCUUCCCGGUAACCGGCCGCUUCCCGAGUCACAGUACGACCUCAGCACGUACUGGGGACGUGUCAGACAUACUGCUGGCAUCACGGAUCCGAGGACCCUCUUCGUUGGCAGAGCCGGCCUCGAACAAGCCAAGAAUGCCUUGAUCGCGUACAAGCAGGGGCAAAUACCGUCCAUGACGCCCGAGCUAUGGCGGGCCAAGAAGAUUGUCGACUCGACACUGCAUCCGGACACGGGCGAGCCGGUCUUCCUGCCCUUUCGCAUGUCGUGUUUUGUGCUUUCCAACUUGGUCGUGACGGCAGGAAUGCUGACCCCGGGUCUUGGAAACCGCGGAACGAUAGCCUGGCAAGUCGCCAACCAGUCGCUCAACGUUGCCAUCAACUAUUCCAAUUCGAAUAAGUCCUCGCCCCUCUCCUGGUCCAAGAUCGCCCAGUCCUACUUCCUCGCCGUCACCGCUUCCUGCUCCGUCGCCGUCGGUCUCAACAGCCUUGUUCCGCGCCUUAAGAGCCUCUCUCCCUCGACCCGCCUUAUCCUCUCGCGCCUGGUGCCCUUCGCCGCGGUCGCCAGCGCGGGUGCCCUCAACGUCUUCCUCAUGCGCAGCGAGGAGAUGCGCACGGGUAUUGAUGUAUUCCCUACGGGCAACCCAGUGGUGGCAGCAACCAUGACAACGUCGGAGAAAUCUCAAGGCAACGAUGACGGCGCCGCGGAAAAGAGCUUGGGCAAGAGCAAGAAAGCCGCCACGAUCGCCGUCGCCGAGACGGCGGCCAGCCGCGUGUUCAACAGUUCACCCAUCAUGGUGAUCCCGCCGCUGGUGCUGGUACGCCUGCAGCGUACCGCCUGGUUGCGCAAGAACCCGCGCUACACUCUUCCCGUCAACCUGGGCCUGAUCCUGGUCACCAGCUAUGCCGUACUGCCACUCGCCCUGGCCGCCUUCCCGCAGCGUCAGCGACUGAAGGCCGAGAGCCUGGAGGAGGAGUUCCAUGGCCGCGGUGGGGAAGGCGGGUUGGUAGAGUUCAAUCGGGGCAUUUAGACUGCCGGACCACUGGCGAGUCUCGAGUUCUGCUUGCAGUCUGGAGGCUCAUGGGGCAGUUGUCGUGCUCGCCUGGAUAGCUGGGUUACAAUCCUCCUGCUGCACAGAGCCUAGCACGGCGCUCUGCUUGGCAUAGCUUAGGAGUUUGAGUCUGGAAUGGUUUUGGGUCAAGGGUGUUUUUGUUUUCUCAAGUGUAGUUCAGAGGAUAGAGAAGGAUUGGUGCUGUCUGAUUGGAUCAUCAGGAGAAGGCGGGUCCUAAACGGCCAGAGACGGAAGUCAAAAUCAGCGAACCUCGUGCUUC